AGCACUGACCAAAUCAUUCUCGAGCACACAGUGAAGCCACAGCUGAAUAAUGUCUCUCCACAGCCUCUGUGUGCCAGCCAUUCUCCUCAUAAGUGUCCUGUCCAUCUGCUUACCCUCAGGAGGUUCAUCUGACAGUAAACUUCACAGGAUCCUCAUCAAACGAGAUGCAAAAGAGAUAGACAGCAGGCCUAAAGCAUACAUUUCAGUGCAGCAGUCCAAGGCUAAAGAGUUCCUGUCUGGACUUCACAGGACUAAGAGAAACGUGUGGGACCGAAGUCGACCCGACGUCCAGCAGUGGAUCCAGCAAUUCAUGUACAUGGGCUAUGAUGAGGCUAGACUCGAGACUGACCUCUCUUAUUGGAUGGACCAGGCUAGAUCAAAUGACCAGGGCCGGCAGCAUCAUCACGAUGAGAAUGCACCGAUGAGCCAACAGGACCCCAGAUAUAACAGACAUGGAGCCAAUGUUAAUUAUGAUUACUAUUAAAAACCCUUGCUGAGCUAACACAACCUAUGUUGCAUAUACUGUCUAAUACAAAGGUUUAGCCACCCCUUGAUAAAUAACAUAUUUAAGCUAUAAAGCUAUAAAUUAGAGCUGCAGGAUUCUGGCUAAAAUGAGAAUUGCAAUUUUUUGCUUGAAAUAAAGAUCACGAUUUUCUCACGAUUCUGUAGAUGUAAAAUAAAGGAGAAUAUGAGUAAUAAUAC